AUGUCAAAUGCGGAUGCCCUCGACAGAGUAUCGCGUCCGGUAGAAGACGAGGUGACAAAGGAUGCGAGCGAUCCGUACGGUGGUGAGGCAGAGCAUUUUAACAAGUGGUCUAGGGUACGUCACAGACUGCGGGAGCCAUUUGCUGAAUGGUUAGGGACUACAGUGGCAAUGCUAAUCGGACUAUGUGCGACUCUGGCAAUUUCCACCGGGAAAGGUGAUGCAGGCAACAAACUCACUCUCUACUGGGCAUGGGGACUGGCAAUUACCGUGGGAAUCUACAUUGCCGGUGGGAUCAGCGGUGGACAUCUAAACCCGGCCAUUUCCAUUUCCCUAUGGAUUUAUCGAGGUUUUCCAGGACGGCGAUGCAUCUACUAUGUGAUUGCUCAGAUUUUGGGGGCUCUCACAGCCGGCGGACUUGCUUAUUGCAUAUACCGCGAUUCAAUUUUCCACAGCGGUUCCAACAGCGGUACCGGCAUCACAAUGGGUGCUACUGGUCUAGGAUUCUAUACCGAGCCCUUGGCGUACGUCCGCAAUGUGACGGCAUUCUUCAAUGAAUUUGUCGCUGCUGCUAUCUUAAUCUGCACAAUCUUUGCCAUGGGUGACGAUAGCAACGCUCCACCCGGUGCGGGUAUGCACUCGUUUAUCAUUGGCCUGCUGAUCUUUGUGUUAGCAAUCGGUUUUGGUUAUAAUACUGGAGGAUGUUUCAACCCAGCCAGAGACCUUGGCCCUCGCUUGGUGGCUCUGAUGGCAGGAUACGGUGGAAGUACGUUCACGGAAAGAGGGGGAUGGUGGUUUUGGGGAGCUUGGCUGGCUACCAUCUCCGGUGCCCUGGUCGGGGGCGCAAUUCUCCAAGCAUCUCCUUAA